AUGAACACGCUUGAUGUGGCGCGCCUGAGCCAAUCACUUGACGAGACCAGCAUGGACACGCUCAAUGUGGCAUCGCACUCUGUCAGCAACGAACUGAUGCAGCUGGAGGCGAAACGGAACAAGCUGCACCAGUCGAUCGAGACAUACAGCAGCCGGAUAGACGAACUGAAGCAAAACCUGGCGCGUCUACAGCUCGAGUACGAGCGGCUCAAGUACAGUGUCGAGCAGGGCUCGGCCGAGCAGCGGGCCGCACGCCUCAGCAAUGCCACGUUUGCGUUGCUGCCGGCGCCGGCUGGCGGCGGCGCGCGCCGACUGACCGAAGCGCUGCGCGCCGGCGCCGUACCCGUGCUGCUGGGCGAGUGGGCGCUGCCGCUGGACGGACCGCUUGACUGGCGGCGCGCCGUACUGCGCGUGGCCGAGCCGCGUCUGCCCGAGCUGCACUACCUGCUGCGCACGCUCACCGACGCCGACAUCCUCAGCUACCGGCGCAACGGCAGGGAGGUGAGCACGUGUUCCGGGCAGGGCGGCAGCCGGCGUGGAGGCCGCCGAACGUCGGUGUUGAGUUCCUGGGAGCAUUACCUGAGCUCGGCCAAGGCGGUGGCGGACGCGGUGCUGACGCAGUUCGCUGAGAGGCUGGAGCUGCCGCCGCCGCCCGCCCUCGGCGUCAAGGCUGGAAGCGCCUUCAACGACACGUUCCAGGUACGCGGUUUGACCGUGGACGUUCAGCUCAGCAGCCUGGACCUGGACGAGUACCUGGGGCCGAUCGAGUCGCCGCUGGCCUCGGACCGCUUCCAGCGCAACUUCACCACACCGCGGCUGGACACGUACGCGGUGGCCAGCGGCAAGGAGUUCAGCGAGGCGCUCGGAGGCAACUCGCCGCACGAGCAGUUCACCGUUGUCAUGCUCACCUACCGACGAGAGCAGGUGCUGAUGAGCGCUCUGGGCCACCUGUACGGCCUGCCUUACCUCAACAAGGUGGUGGUGGUGUGGAACGCCCCCGAGUCGCCGUCCGACACGCUCCAGUGGCCCAGCGUCGGCGUGCCCGUGGAGGUGGUCACGGUUGGCAAGAACAGCCUAAACAACCGGUUCCUCCCAUUCGAAAACAUCGAGACGGAUGCCAUUUUAUCAAUCGACGACGACGCACACCUGCGUCACGACGAGAUUGUGUUCGGAUUCCGGGUGUGGCGCGAGCAGCGGGACCGACUGGUCGGCUUCCCGGGGCGCUACAACGCCUGGGACACCAAGCACGGCGGCUGGCACUACAACUCCAACUACUCGUGCGAGCUCUCCAUGGUGCUGACAGGUGCGGCGUUUUUCCACAAGUACUACGCGCACAUGUACUCUGAGUGGAUGCCCCAAGUGAUCCGGGACAAGGUGGACGAGUACAUGAACUGCGAGGAUAUCGCCAUGAACUUCCUCAUCUCGCACUUGACCCGGCAGCCGCCCGUCAAGGUGACCUCCCGCUGGACGUUCCGCUGUCCCGGCUGUCCAAUGACGCUCUCCGAGGACGAGGAGCACUUCACCGAGCGCCACAAGUGUAUCAACUUCUUCUCGCGCGUGUACGGCCACAUGCCGCUGCUGAACACGCAGUUCCGCGUCGACUCGGUGCUCUUCAAGACGAGACUGCCGCCGGACAAGCAGAAGUGCUUCCGGUUCAUCUAG